CCAUAUCCACACAUACAUUGAAAUCUCUCUAUAAUCUCUUCAGUUAUUGAAAUUCACAGUCACAAUCUAGAUAGAAAAAGAUUAAUGGACUCACAAGACAAGCACGGCUCUCGUCCACACCACAACCCAUCCUCAUCGGAGCUAUUCUCGAGUGCAAAGCUGGUGGCAGAGGCAGCGAAGGCCACCUUCAGCCAUGAGACGGACAAGGUGGACAAGGCCAAGGUAGCUGGUGCUGCCGAGAACAUUCUUGGAGCCGUCUCUCACUAUGGCAAGUUUGACGACAAGGGAGUUGGAAAGUAUGUUGACAAAGCUGAAGAUUAUCUCCACAAAUACCACUCCUCUCACUCCUCCACCACAUCCACCACCACCACAGCUGCUGCCACUCAGCACCCGUCGUCGCACUCUGGCGGUGGUGAUGGCAAGUCUGAGAGUGGUGGUGGUGAUGGGAAGUCUGAGAGUGGUGGUGGUUAUGGUGAUUAUGUCAAGAUGGCUGAAGGCUUCUUCAAGUAACAUUAAGAUAAUAAUAGUCUAAUUUGUUAAAAUUAUGGUGGUUAUGUCUUUUCGAUUAAACUUCCCAUGUUAUUAUAUGUAUCUAUGUGUUAGAGAUCUGGCAAAUCUCAACAUUGUAUUUUUCUCUAAAGUUGUAUUCAAAUCGGUUAUUAUGUGAGAACUACGAGUAGCUCAUAUGGUACUCAUGUGUAUGAUAUCUCAUAAAGGUCUCGGUUCGAGCCUCCCAUCCCCUUCCCCUGUAUUCCAAAAUCGGUUGUUAUGUUAUAUAAAUAUGUUGUUUCAA